AAACACAACUUCUAAACGAAGCCCAAUUGCAGGGUCUAGAAUACGACUAUUAAUAUACACCCAUGGCCGAGCGCUUAGCACCAUCGACACGGCAUCAAUUUAAACACAAUGGACAAGUGGUCUAUGAGUGGGACCAGACAUUUAGCGAAGUUAACAUCUACGUAAACGUUCCGCCGGGCAUCAGCGCCAAGCAGCUGUACGUCGAUAUUAGCACGAAGCACCUGCGGUUUGGCGUCACCCCCAACCCACCCUACCUCAAUCAAGACCUGGCGGGCAGUGUGAAGGCGUCGGAGAGCUACUGGACUCUGGAGGACGGAGUGCUGCACGUCUCCCUCACCAAGCUGGACGAUGGCGAGCCCUGGCCCAGCGCCCUGUCCGGGCACCUGCUUGACCCGGUGGCGCAGCAGGCGGACACGCAGCGGCUCAUGCUGGAGCGAUUCCAAGUGGAGCACCCCGGGUUCGACUUCUCCCAGGCCACCUUCAAUGGCCAGGUACCCAACCCGCGGACCUUCAUGCGGGACCUAGA